AUGGCCGGCGGUGGAAUUCCGACUUCUACAGGCGGCGACAAAGCUUACCCGGGAAACCUUACCCUCUACGUCACUUUUACUUGCGUUGUAGCAGCCAUGGGUGGCCUCAUCUUCGGUUACGAUAUCGGAAUCUCCGGUGGAGUUACGUCGAUGAAUCCAUUCUUGCAGAAGUUCUUCCCGUCGGUCUACCGGAAGCAGAUAGAGGACACCUCAACCAACCAGUACUGUAAGUUUGACAGUCAGAUAUUGACAAUCUUCACGUCCUCUUUGUACUUAGCGGCGCUGGUGUCUUCACUGGUGGCAUCGACGGUGACUCGGAAACUUGGUCGGAAACUGUCUAUGCUUUUCGGCGGCAUCUUGUUCUGUGCCGGAGCUCUGAUGAACGGAUUUGCUCAGGCUGUUUGGAUGCUGAUAUUGGGUCGUAUCCUACUUGGUUUCGGAAUUGGGUUUGCUAAUCAGUCUGUUCCAUUAUACCUAUCUGAAAUGGCGCCAUAUAAAUAUAGAGGGGCACUCAACAUCGGAUUUCAAUUAUCAUGCACCAUUGGAAUCCUAGUGGCAAAUAUACUUAACUACUUCUUUGACAUGAUCAAAGGAGGGUGGGGUUGGAGGCUGAGUCUCGGUGGUGCUGUAAUCCCUGCCUUGAUCAUCACCAUCGGUUCUCUUUUCCUUCCCGAGACCCCAAACUCCAUGAUCGAGAGAGGUAAUAAAGAAGAGGCAAGAGAAAAGCUUCGAAGGAUUAGAGGUGUUGACAAUGUCGAUCAAGAGUUUUAUGAUUUGGUCAUGGCCAGUGAAGCAUCCAAGAAGGUUGAGCAUCCAUGGAGAAACUUGUUGCAGAAAAAAUACAGGCCACAACUGAUAAUGGCUAUCUUGAUUCCAGCUUUCCAACAAUUAACUGGGAUUAACGUGAUUAUGUUUUAUGCCCCCGUUUUGUUUAAAACCAUCGGGUUUGGAGGAAAGGCUUCUCUUAUGUCUGCUGUGAUUACUGGUUCUGUAAAUGUCAUGGCAACUUGUGUUUCAAUCUAUGGUGUUGACAAGUGGGGAAGAAGGUUUCUUUUUCUUGAAGGUGGAAUUCAAAUGCUCAUUUGCCAGGUUGCAGUUGCAAUAUUUAUUGGGAGCAAGUUUGGAAUAGAUGGGAAUCCUGGUGACUUGCCAAAAUGGUACGCUCUUGUGGUGGUGUUGUUCAUAUGCUUGUAUGUAUCUGGCUUUGCAUGGUCGUGGGGUCCACUAGGUUGGCUUGUGCCUAGUGAGAUCUUCUCACUUGAGAUCCGAUCAGCAGCUCAAAGUAUCACUGUCUCCAUGAACAUGAUCUUUACCUUCAUUGUCGCUCAAGUGUUCUUGACGAUGCUUUGCCACUUGAAGUUUGGGCUCUUCAUCUUUUUUGCUUUUUGGGUGGUGAUGAUGACAGCGUUCAUAUACGUGUUCUUGCCUGAAACAAAGAAUAUUCCAAUUGAAGAAAUGGUGGUUGUGUGGAAGAAUCAUUGGUUUUGGUCAAGGUUUAUGGUGGAUGUGGAGUACCCGAAUGGAGUUGAAAUGACGAACGGAGGUCAGCUGGUCAAGGAGGUAGAAGUAAAAUACACUUUUUUGGGCUUUGAAAAAGGUUAA